UUUUCUUCCAGCCCUCCUUCCCCGCAGCAUCUCCCUUUAGCUUGCUUCAACGUUUGAAAAGACACAACCGGCAAGGAGGCAAGAAAAAGAAGCAAACAAAUAAGCACUUUUCGCAAACUCUUACCAAGAUAACACAAAAAUGAUGAUGCUCUCCACUCUUCUAUUUCUGAGCUUUCUGCUUGGGACCAACCCAACACCAUCUGGCCGCCUCUCCUGUUACAGGAAAAUAUUAAAAGACCACAACUGUCACAGCGUCCCAGAGGGAGUGGCCAGUCUUCGUCCAAUUGAUGGGCUUCUUCAAGAUCACUUCUGGGAGGGAAAGGGCUGUGAGAUGGUCUGCUAUUGUAAUUUUAAUGAAUUGCUCUGCUGCCCAAAGGGCAUCUUUUUUGGGCCAAAAAUAUCAUUUGUGAUUCCCUGCAACAAGCCAUGAAGAAACAUUGUGUUUGAGAAAGGACGGCAAAUGCAGGACUUCGUUCAUGAAGGCUGUAAUAAAGCUUAUGAGGUCAUCAGGUCUAAAGAAGAUGGACUUUGAAUGCCAUAUGGAAGCUACUAUAGGCACCAUUUUUAGGCAGUGUUUUGUUUAAACAAGACUAACAGUCCCACCAUGUUUAUCACUCAUUGAAUGGGUAUUACCUCCAAGGAAGUAGACUUUAGAGACUGUAAAAUUAAAGUCACUAAAACCCCAUAUGUAGCAGAGCUCUCAAAUCUAAUUUGGUAGUGAUGUUGAUGGACAUUGACCUGACCCAAGUAACACAGCACAGAAGAUACACUGUUUGGACUGCCUGGGUCUUAAUAACAAAGACUAAAUUAACUAAGACUUAGCUAAAGUGUUUCAUAUGACUGUUUUCUUUAA